GUGUGGAGCUAUAAAGACGAACCUCCAGCUUUCAGAUCGCACCAGAGGAUCUCCAGAUGGCUUCUGUCACAGUCAGCGCUCAUCAGAACGGCCCGAUGCCGAGACAGUCCGCCUUCACCAUCGACAGCAUCCUGGGACUCGACAGACCGGAUCAGAGAACCGUCCUGUCAGCACCUUACCGACCGUGGACAGACAUGAAGCCAGCAUGUCAAAACCGUCGUGUGGUCGCAGACAGUGAUGCUUCAGUGGAUCUGAGGGUGAAUGAAGACAGUAAAUCUUACAGUAAAUCACCAGCAGACUCUUAUAGGAGAACACUGAACUGGUACAUCGGGCGCAGGCCGCGGACGGCUUUCUCCAGUGUUCAGAUCAAGAUAUUAGAAAGUGUGUUUCAAGUGAACUCAUACCCGGGCAUCGAUAUACGUGAAGAACUUGCUAAAAAACUACAUCUGGAUGAGGACAGAAUUCAGAUUUGGUUCCAGAACAGAAGAGCCAAGCUGAAGCGUUCACACAGAGAAUCUCAGUUUCUAAUGGUGAAAAACGUCCUCAGUGAUUUACAGACCAGCAGAGAAGAACGCUGAUUGUUGCAGAUCCAUAUUUGUUCAUAUUAAUUAUUAAUUCUGUCGCUCUGCCUCGCUUUGUGAUGUUGUAA